UCACCAUUCCGAAGUGGAGACGCGAUUCUUCCUGCAUCUAAGUCAUCAUAGAUUAAACUCCCGGCAUCAACUAUACUCUUGCGUUGCAUAUUGCUGAACGAAAAUGAAAACCGAAACCGAAGAACAGCAGCCCGAGCAGCAGGUCGUUGAGGAAGAACAGCGUGAAACUCGACCAGCAGUGACAGAACACCCAGUCAAGGAAAAACCUGAAGCAGAACAGUUUCGGAAAUUAUUUAUUGGAGGUCUGGACUAUCGCACAACUGAUGAAUCCCUAAAGAAGCAUUUUGAGCAGUGGGGUCAAAUUGUAGAUGUUGUUGUAAUGAAAGAUCCCAAAACAAGAAAGUCUAGAGGUUUUGGAUUUGUUACAUACGCCAGAGCAUUCAUGGUAGAUGAGGCCCAAGCUGCACGGCCCCACAGAGUAGAUGGAAGGGAAGUUGAGCCCAAGCGUGCAGUCCCACGUGAUUUGAUAGGGAAACCUGAAGCAAGCUCAACUGUAAAAAAACUGUUUGUUGGUGGUCUUAGAGAUGAUGUUGAAGAGGAGGACUUGCAAAAGUAUUUUUCAACAUUUGGUCCAAUUGCAUCUGUGAAUGUUGUCACAGAAAAAGAGACCAAUAAGAAAAGAGGAUUUGCAUUUGUUGAAUUUGAUGAUUAUGAUCCAGUUGACAAAGUUGUUUUGAUUCGUGACCAUACCAUUAAAGGUAGACAUUUAGAUGUCAAGAAAGCCAUUAGCAAAGCCGAUAUGGACAAAAUGAAACGCGGAGGCCCUUCCCCCGGAUCUUCUCCAUCUGGGCGUGGUGAUUACCGGGGUUAUCGAGAUAGUGGUCGCGUGGACCGAAACGUUGAUAGGGGUGGCGAUUUGUGGGAGCGGAGGGACUCUUGGAGCAAUGGGGGUUCUGGUGGAGGUUGGAGUAAUGGAGAUCACUGGGUAGGUGGUUCUAGCAGUUAUCGAGGAGGAAGCGGAGGCGGCCGUGGUGGAGAUUACAGUAGUGGACAGUGGGAAGGUUCAAGCUGGGGUGGCAAUCAAAGCAGCGGAGCUGGCUGGAGUGGUGGCUCUCCUGGUUAUGGAUCAGGAUCUGGCGGUAAUUCAUGGGCUGCUGAUUAUGAUAACGGAUAUGGAGGAAAUAUGCGAGAGUUCAGCCAAGGAGGUGGUCCUGUAAGAAAUAGCUACGUUACCGAGCGAUCAGUACCUUACACCCGAGACUAUGGAGGUGCAGGGCGAGGUGGUGGCUUUACAGGUAGCCCCAGUUACGGGGGUUCGCGACGUUAUUAAAGUAGACAAGUCCCAUCUUCCCCUAGGUGUCGUCAUGUUCUGUAGCCAAACCAGAACAGGAGCAGUGAGCCAGGUCCGAGAUUCAUCUAUUAAGUGAAGGCUUACGUGAAUUACAACUAUUCAGCCAGCCAGCAACCAGCAGUACCGAACAAGGCCGCUACCGCUUUAGCAAAACAUCCUAAACCUCGGACAGGAUAGCAGCUUCGAUCGACACUUAGAUGCAAGAAUCAGGCAGUGAUAUAGAUUUCGUCGCCAACUGCCACCUUGUCCCCUCCCCUUCUCGUAAUUGGAUCUUACCGUCGGUUUCUUCAUUUUCUACAUGUGAACUUGAAUUUUUUUUCUUUGAGUUUUUUUUUUAGCCCCAACGUGUUUGAGUUUUCUUUUUUUUUACAACUAAAUGGAUGUGUAGUGCUUAGCUUAUCGUCUCGUUUGCCUAAUUAUUGGCGAUUAGCUCUCCGACCAUUGAUUUUCUUUCCCAAUCAUUUUGGACUCAUGUCAAAUACGUGUAGGUGUGCGACGAAGCGCGAGAAUUUUAAAAUCCAAAUCAUUAUUUUUUUUUUUGACUUCAUCAUCAAUAAAUUUCAUCAAUCCUUAA